GGGGAAGCAUAAGAAGGGUUUGUUGUGAAUUGAGAUGAGAUGACGUAGGUAUAUGUUCGGAAGAAAAGCGCAGCACAGUUACACUAAACCAAAUAUUUUUUUUUUCCCUAACGCCUCUCUCUUUCUCUUUCUCCUUCUCGUCUCGAUGGAGGAGAAACGCCGCGACGCCGCUCCCUCCGCCGCCGAUUCGCCGGCAUCGGAGCCCGCAUCGUCUCGCCGCCGCGCCGGAGCCAGCAAGAGGAAGUCCUCCGCCCUCAGCGCCUCCGGUUCCUCCUCCGCGCCCUCCAAACGCGCCAAGGCCUCGCCUCUCCACCCUCUUCCCCUCCACAAUGGCCCCCUCACUAGGGCUCGCCAAACCCCUAGCAACCUCGCCGCCGCCGCCUCCUCUUCCGCCGGAGCCGCCGCUUCCUCUCCUUCCGCCGUGAAACACUCCGCCCUCGCCCACUCCUCCGACUCCGCCGCGCUGGCGGAGCAGCUCAAGAAGGAGAGCGAGUGGGAGACUCUCGAGGCUGCGAUUGAAGCUCAAUUCGAAGCUAUCAGAUCUCGCGGUGCCAAUGCGCACGUGGUUCCCACUCAUUGCGGUUGGUUUUCAUGGUCACAUAUCCAUUCAAUUGAGAAGCGAAUGUUGCCUUCUUUCUUUAAUGACAAAACUGAAAAUCGGACUCCUGAUGUAUACAUGGAGAUACGGAAUUGGAUAAUGAAGAAAUUUCAUUCAAAUCCAAACAUUCAAAUUGAAUUGAAAGAUAUGUCAGAGCUUAAUGUUGGAGACUUGGAUGCUAGACAAGAGGUAAUGGAGUUUUUGGACUACUGGGGUUUAAUUAACUUCCACCCAUUCCCUUCAAUGGAUUCUGCUGCGGUCACUGCCGCUGAUGAUGGGGAAGCAGAAAAGAAUUCUUUGCUUGAAAAAUUAUAUCACUUUGAAACUCUUCAAUUACGCCCUCCUGUUCAAAGGUCUAGCCAAAUGACUCCAGCUACGACCUCUGGCUUGUUUCCAGAGUCCACAAUUACUGAAGAGUUGGUGAAACAAGAGGGGCCAGCAGUUGAGAUGCUUGAGUACCAUUGCAACUCUUGUUCUGCUGAUUGUUCUCGCAAACGUUACCAUUGCCAGAAGCAGGCAGAUUUUGACCUAUGUACCGACUGCUUUAGUAAUAGAAGAUUUGGCUCUGGCAUGUCUUCAUUGGACUUUAUACUCAUGGAACCAGCUGAAGUUGCAGGGGUUAAUGGUGGAAAAUGGACUGAUCAAGAGACCCUUUUGCUCCUUGAAGCAUUAGAACUUUAUAAAGAAAAUUGGAAUGAAAUUGCAGAACAUGUUGGAACGAAAACAAAAGCUCAGUGCAUAUUGCACUUUGUUCAAAUGCCCAUUGAGGAUACCUUUGUUGAUUGUGGUGAUGAUGUUGAUGCUGGUUGUAAAGAAACUGUGGAUCCAGUUGCCACAAACAAUGACUCAUCUAUGGACAAGGAUGCUUCAGAAUGUGUUGAGAAUGAUACUAAUGAUGGCAUCAAAGACCAUGAUAAAGCUUCCAAGGCUGAAGAUGUUGAAGUGAAUGUGAAUCAGGAGGAGACUCCAAAGUUACAAGGCAGUGAUGAGAAAGCUAGCGAGGGAACAUCUAAAUCAGAAGAAGCUGCUAAGGUGAAGUUUGAUCAGGAAGCAGGCAAUGACUGUGCUAUAAAUGCUCUUAAGGAAGCAUUUGCAGCAGUUGGUUAUUCUCCUGGACCUGAAGGCCCUUCUUCAUUUGCUGAAGUGGGUAAUCCUGUCAUGGCACUGGCAACUUUCCUUGCACACUUGGUGGGUUCUGAUGUGGCUGUUGCUUCAGCUCAUAGCUCUAUAAAAUCCAUGUCAAGAAAUUCUCCUGGCACCGAGCUUGCUGCAAGGUGUUGCUUUCUUCUAGAAGGUCCACCAGACAAUAAGAAGGAACCUACUAGUUCUGAGAGGGAUUCUAAAAGUGAGGGAGAUCAGGUUGAAGUAAAUGUAAAACAAGAUAAACCGAUGUUGGAUGAUAAAGAUUUGCCAAACGAUCAAAAUAAUAUGAACAUUGAAAGUAAUGCUUCAGAAGACAAGGGACAACCAGCUUCUACAGAUGAUGGAGCUUCAGAAAAAACAAUUUCCUCAAAAGAGCAAGCAAAGAUUAAUCAUGAAUGUGGGCCUGACAAUUGUAAUGAUCCCAACAAUGCAAAGCUACCCAAUGAUCAAGCACCAGGCACUCGGCAAAAUUCAGGUGUUUCAACUUCCAAGGCUGAAAUUCCACCUAGUUCUGACAAGGCUCAGGCGGGAACUUCAAUUGAAGAACCUUCCCAUUCUGUAAAGGAUGGACAUGCGUCUGAUUCUCUUCCACCAGAGAAGAAAGAACCCCGUCAGUCAAUUAAAUCCAGUUCACCAGGAGAGCAUUCAAAGCCAUUAGAGACAUCAAAAAAUGUCGAGGUGGUUUCUGAUUCUGUUCCCCCAGCUAAGAGCAAGCCUGAAAAUUCAGAAUCUACAAAUCCAGUUUGUGAAUCACUAGAAACAGCAAACUCAGUAAUGGAUGUUGAUGGAGUUUCUAAUUCCUUGCCAUCGGAAAAGAUUGACUCUCAGCCACUAAUUGCAUCAAAAUCAUCCCAAUGUAAUGGGACCGAAAAAGAUGUAGAUGUGAUGUCACCUUCAAAUCCAGUUAGAUCAAAUUCUGGUGCUGAAAAUGGUUCAAAUACAGGGUCAGGUAAAGAUCAUGCUGAUAAUGGAGCAAAAGUGGAAGACGAUGGUAUGAAUACUAAACAGGAUAGUAAUUUUGAGAAACUGAAACGUGCUGCAGUUUCUACACUUGCUGCAGCAGCAGUAAAAGCAAAACUUCUAGCAAAUCAGGAAGAGGACCAAAUCCGACAUCUUACUUCCUUGUUGAUAGAAAAGCAGUUACACAAGUUGGAAACAAAGUUGGCAUUUUUCAAUGAUGUGGAGAAUGUGGUGAUGAGGGCAAGGGAGCAUGUAGAGAGAUCACGACAUAAGCUUUAUCAUGAGCGUGCUUUGAUAAUUGCCUCACGGCUUGGUUUACCAGCUUCCUCAUCUAGAGGUGUACCACCAUCUGUACCAACCAGUAGAAUUCCUACGAAUAUUGCAAACUCAUUCCCAAGACCACAAAUGAUGAUGAAUCCUCAAAGGCCACUAAUCUCUAGACCUGCAGGCACUGUGGCUACUACUCUUCAAAACCCAUUAGCAUCUUCAACUGCAGCAGGAAAUUCAGUUCGACCAUCUAACCAGGAAAAGCUUUCUUCUGUUGGGACAAAAUAAAUGUCGAGUACAUAUAUGGAAAAGAAGUUGUUGUCUUAAUACUUACUGAUCUCUCGCCAUCUUGUGACAAUGUGAAGUGCUGGUUAGGACUAACUCCAAAUUGACAAGUGUUGGGAAUUCGGUGAGCAGAAUAUUGGAUUGGAAGUUCAUCCUUUCCCCGUUAUAAGGAGCAGCAGGAGAUGAGCGGACGGAAGUUUACUGAUAUAUUUGAAUCUGUAGAGCGAUUUUUUGAAAUUUAUUUGAGGUGUUUGACUUAAAACAAGUGGAUAGUUGUGCAAAAUGUGCGCGUUCGAUCCUCUAACUUCAAUGCUAUUCACUAAAUUAUUGGAUGAAAGCAUAUUGAAAUUUGGAUGACUUCAUAAAGAAUAUAUAGUAGUCUGGCAAUGAUCAAGAAUUGGCUGUGCUGUGUA